AUGGCUGCGUAUAGAGCAGAUGAGGAUUACGACUAUCUGUUCAAGUUGGUACUAAUUGGAGACUCUGGAGUUGGGAAAUCGAAUCUCUUAUCUCGAUUCACUAGAAACGAAUUCAACCUGGAAUCCAAAUCCACUAUCGGUGUCGAAUUCGCCACUCGAAGCAUCCGUGUUGAUGACAAGGUUGUCAAAGCCCAGAUUUGGGACACUGCUGGUCAAGAAAGAUACCGGGCAAUUACAAGUGCAUACUACCGAGGAGCUGUUGGUGCAUUACUUGUCUAUGAUGUCACUAGACAUGUUACAUUUGAGAACGUUGAGAGAUGGUUAAAGGAGUUGAGGGAUCACACAGAUGCUAAUAUUGUGAUUAUGCUUGUUGGUAACAAGGCAGACCUGCGUCAUCUGCGUGCUGUUUCUACUGAAGAUGCUAAGGCCUUUGCUGAGAGGGAGAGCACAUACUUUAUGGAGACGUCUGCCCUUGAGUCUCUGAAUGUUGAAAAUGCUUUCACUGAAGUGCUAACUCAAAUAUAUCACGUGGUCAGCCGUAAAGCACUGGACAUAGGAGAGGAUCCCGCAGCCUUGCCCAAAGGACAAAACAUCAAUGUUAAGGAUGAUGUUUCAGCAGUCAAGAAAGUUGGUUGCUGCUCUGUUUAA